CCUUUUGCUAUGACUGACGAGCACCUGCUGCUGGAUAAUCAUUACGUCUCAUUCAACUUGAAGUGUCUCACAUUUUGCGGUUUAUGGAAUUCAUACAGUGGCAGUAAAAAAUUGUUGUACAAUGUUUACACUGUCCUCGUCGUUUUUAUAAUGCCAUUAACAAAAAUCGCUGGAUACAUAACAAUAGCACGCACCCUUCACGACGAUUUUCUGCAGCAGACGCUGAUAUUGCUGCUGAUAUCGGCAUUUAUCGUUGGAUUUCUCAAAGAUAUCAAUAUAUUAUGGAACCGAUCGCGCAUUGAAUUUAUCGCAUCGACCCUGACGUGGGAGAAGUCAACGAUUUGUUCACCAGAAAUCGGUAACUCUAAAGAUCAAAUUCUCCCUGAAGAUUGA